CAUAGACAGCAGCAGCUCGUCGUCUGCUUCAAUUGGGAGCAGGAGGAGGAGAGGAGAGGAGCGAGGGGGUUGCUGUUGCAGCUGCUGCCCCAGGGGCUCAUUACUCGCCAGCGCAGUUAUUGCUACCACUGUAGUAUACCUUGCCACUACCACCACCACCUUCCUCUUGUAAUGGAGAGGAUGCAGCUGCAAGGGCCCAUCGGCUCGCUGUGGGCGGCGGCGGCGGCGGCGGACCAGGCGGCCGCCAGCGCCGGCGCUGGUCAGAUGCCGUUUCUCGCGCUGCUCCACGGCGCCAUGGAAGCAGACGGCGGCGGCGGCGGCGACGGGAGGAAGAGGCACGCCGCCGCCGCCGCCUUCGCGUCGUGCUGCCCCUGUCCACCGGUCGCCGACCUCGACCUGCUCGAGAGCUGCGUCACGCAGGCGGCGGCGCCCCCCGUCACGGCUCCGGCGACCAGGGCGGAGCGGAGGAGGAAGAGGCCGAGGCCGCGCCCGCGCGCCGCGCCGCCGCCGGAGAAGCGCAAGAAGCCCGAGGAGGCCGAGAACCAGCGGAUGACGCACAUCGCCGUGGAGCGCAACCGCCGCCGCCUCAUGAACGACCACCUCGCCUCCCUCCGAUCGCUCAUCCCCUCCAACUACAUCCCUCGAGGUGACCAGGCGACGGUGGUGGGCGGGGCGAUCGACUACGUGAAGCAGCUGGAGCAGCAGCUGGUGGCGCUGCAGGCGGCGGCGGCGGAGCGGAGCGGCGUCGGCGUGGUGGCGGCGGCGGCCACCGCGGCGUCGGACGGCGUGUUCGUGUCCCCGCAGUACACGAGCUACUCCGAAGCGCGCGGCGGCAGCGGCGUCGACGUGGAGGCGACGGCCGCGGUGGGGGGGCACGUGCGGGUGCGCGUUGCCGGCAGGCGGUGGACCGGGCGGCUCGUGCGCGCCGUCGCCGCCAUGGAGGACCUCCGCCUCACCGUGCUGCACCUCGCCGUCACCUCCGUCGGACAUGACGCCGUCGUCUACUGCUUCAACCUCAAGAUGGAGGAAGGAUGCGAGAUGGCGACGGCGGACGAGGUGGCGACGGUGGUGCACCAGAUCUUCGCGUACGCCGGAGCAUGCUGCUGACGCCGAUGUACGGGCCGGAACCAAGAGAAGAAGCAAACGGUGGAGGAGGGAGGCAAAUGCAAGCAAAACACAUGCAACACAGCCAGGGAUAAGUCAAAUUCGCCGAGGUGGGCAGCAGGACGGACGUACGGCGAUGAGCUAGAGAGGGUGAGAGAGAUGAGAGAGAUUGCUUGCUUGCUAUGGUAGCUAGAAGCCGGGAAGGGACCAUACAUGGCAGGUGGGCCCAAGACCACGGCAGCAGUGGUCACUCCUGGCAGUCUCAGGCUCAUGCCGGCCUACUGCUCGAGGAAGACCUCUACUGUAGCAAGAGGGAGAGUGUAAAAGUGCAGAGUAGUGUGUAGCUCGGGGUAAUCAAAAGCAAGCUAAGCUAAGCAAAAGCAACCACACGGACCGACCUGUUGUUCAUUUGCACCUUUCUCGCCUUGAGCUUGCUUGCAUUGCAUGAGCGACGCGACGAGAUGUUCUCGACAGGCGAUCCUAUCCUUGUACGCUCUGUAAAUACUCCUACACAUACAGUAGGAAGUAGAGUACUCUACUGUUGUAAUCCUGGAUUCCUUGCAUGCAAAACUUUCUGCCUGGCUGGUGCCCUGGCUGUAGUUGUGUUUC